AGAGAGAGAGAGAGAGAGAGAGAGAUGAUGGAGGUGAAAGAAGCGUUGUUCAUGAACAGAGGAGAAGGAGGAAGUAGUUAUGCACAAAACUCUUCUUUCAUACAAAAAGUGGCCUCAAUGACAAUGCUAGUGCUAGAAAAUACAGUUGAAACUCUCUUCUCCAAAGAUUUCCACCUUCUUCAAGCUCUUAACGCAGCGGACUUGGGUUGUGCAGUGGGUCCAACCACGUUCACUGUGAUUUCUAUAAUCAAGAGAAUGAUGGAAAAGAAAUGCAGGGAAUUGAAUUGCCAAACACUGGAACUUCAGGUUUACUUGAAUGAUCUUCCUAGAAAUGAUUUCAAUACCCUCUUCAAAGGCCUGUCAUCUAAGGUUGUUGGUAACAAAUGUGAGAAAGUUUCUUGUUAUGUGAUGGGAGUACCGGGGUCUUUCCAUGGCCGGCUUUUUCCUCGUAACAGCUUGCAUUUAGUUCAUUCCUGUUACAGUGUUCAUUGGCUUACUCAGGCACCAAAAGGACUCACAAGCAAAGAAGGCUUGGCAUUAAACAAGGGGAAGAUUUACAUAUCAAAGACAAGCCCUCCUGCUAUAACAGAAGCUUACUUAUCUCAAUUUCAUGAAGAUUUCACAAUGUUUCUCAAUGCUAGAUCCCAAGAGGUGGUUCCAAAUGGUUGUAUGGUGUUGAUACUUCGUGGUAGGCUAUCUUCUAAUCCUUCAGACAUGGAGAGCUGCUUUACUUGGGAACUAUUAGCCAUAGCCAUUGCUGAAUUGGUUUCACAGGGAUUGAUAGAUGAAGAUAAAUUAGACACCUUCAAUGUACCUAGCUAUUUUCCAUCACCUGAGGAAGUGAAAGACAUAGUGAAGAGGGACGGAUCAUUCACAAUUGAUCAUAUAGAGGGGUUUGAUCUUGAUAGCCUAGAAAUGCAGGAGAAUGAUAAAUGGGUUAGAGGGAGAAAAUGCAGUUGA